AUGUUAAAUAGUAGAAUUUAUUAUUCACCUGAUUCAACAAAAAACACAAACUCUUCAUUAUUAAUUUCUUAAGUUUAUGGAGGUUCAAGUAAGAAAUCUUAAAUAAUUUCUUAGUUUCUCCAAAAAGACCGAAAAUAUAAGAUAUUAGCCUUAAACUUUCAUAAUUUCAUUUAAAUGAAUAAUAUUCAUACAAAAAAGUACCUUAUGAAGAAAGAAUAAAUUAACUUAAUGAUAAGUUUCAAAAAGCAUAUAUAAAUGAUGAUCAACGAAUAAUAUCAUUUUAAAAUCAAUUGAAUAAGAUAAGCGAGAAGCUAGCAAACGAAUAAAAUAUAAGAAAUGUAUUAAAAUAAAAUUUAUUGAUAGAAUAAUAUUGAUAAUUUUCGAAAGAAAGAGUUGAAACAAUUAGAAUCACAUGUUAAGAAUGAAUUAAUGAAAGAUAAAAUAAAGAGAACUGAGACUGAGGAUUAAUAUUCGAAAGAUAUAGAGAUUAAAGUAAAUCAAUUAAGAGAGAAUGUUGAUAAUGAGAGAAGAGAAAGGUAAAGAAAAUAUUAUAUAUUUAAAGAGACAUACAUUGCUAGAAAAUAAUAGGAAGAAUAGGUGAAUAGGUUCUAUCGGUUUAGGAAACAUUAAAUAUAGAGAAAUAAUAAAGGUAAGAUAAUCAAAAUUAAAUGCAAAUGAUGAUUAAUUAAAUAACAAAUAUUUUAUCAUUGUAAUUAGCUGAAGAACAAAAAUAAAGAGAUGACACAGAGAGAACAAUAAUAAACUUACUCAAUGAAACCUGUGAUCGAAUAGAGAAUUCAUUAAAAAUGUGA